CUAGAAUCAGUACUAAGCUGUAUGUUUACCAAUCAGAAGCUACGUCACAGAUUAAGAGACUUGCAUGACCCCAACAAAACGUCAUCAAAGAGAGGGAAUGCAUUGUUGAUAGCAUGUUUACGUGACAGACGUUGAAAGAAUAUGCAAUGAGUUUUUUGCUCCUUUACUUGCUGGAAUUUCCCAGGGUGCCACUUCGCCGGGUGGUAAUUUCAAUAGGCAGACACCAGGGGCAGCAACAAAGAAGCAAUGUUUCAGUGUCUUGAAAACUACUAGUGAACUCACUCAACUUGGAUAGAACAAGGAGAGGUCCCCCGUGGAUGCAUCUAUUAUGGGAUUAAUCACUAGUAUUUGUGAUCAAAAUAAUAAGGAAGAAGAGAAUUAUGAGGACCGCAUAUAUGUUCUAGUGCUGACUGAAGAUCCUGUAUGCUAGUGUGGAAUGUGAGUAAUUGAAGUUGUCAUGUGCACUGACAGUCGGAAACUUUGCAACUGCGCAAUUAAAAUUUGUCACGGGCUGUAGUACGAGCAGUGGAAUCAUUCCAAUACUGCUGUAGAUCGUUUCAUGAUUGAUUUUCUGGCUGGCCUUCAGUGUUCUGGGUAUAUUUAGGCAUCAUGACUGUAUGAAUUUUUGUGAAAUGCUGAUUCUUGUUUCUUCCGCAUUCUCAAGAUGAAAAAGAAAAGCAGCUCCUGCUCUACAGCUUAAAAUCAAAUGUAGGCACACCUGACACCGUCGAAACUUGAGUAUUUGUUUGGACAUGGUUAGUUUCAGCUGCAUCUCAGUGGCGGUUCUCUCGACGUAGACAAGAUUUUCCCAAUUUCACAUUCAUGUAGACAAGAAACAUGGAGGAAGUCUGCUUUAGAUACAUGGCAAUAGGGCUGGAAUUGAAACCUUUAUGGGUUCGAUCUGCUUUAUCCGGGGUACAUCUACUAACUAAUGUCUUAGAAUAUCAACUUUUAACACUCCCAAUAAUGCUCUGGAAGGAGAUACCGGGUUGGUUAAAACUGAAAUCCUUUGUCUCUUCUCAGUUCUCCCUUUGUCUUUUUCCGAUCUCGUCUUUUCUCUCCGAUCAUAUUCCGGGAAUGGAAGGGGAAGGGGUACGCCAACAGCUGGCUGAAAUCAACAGAAAGAUGAAACAUUUCCGUGCCAUGGUCCCUGUUGUGGUUUUUUCGUCAGUUGAAUUAAUGUGGUUGAUUCAGGGAUUUGGGAACAUUGAGAGAGUAAUGAUUAUUACUCUCCUAAAUUACCGAGCUGACGUGAAAUCGCCAAAUAAAUAUCAGGAAAAACUUGACUGAUUUGUUUUGAUUCUUGCAUGUUUUCCAUGGAUACUUUCCCUUGUACUUAUGCUACUCUUUUGUAAAUGUCCUGAUUGGAAUGUCCUCUUAUUUGUGCAAAGU